UGUGAACUGCUUCUGGUGAAUUUUUUCAGAGUUUUGAGCAAAAAUAAAGACAAACGCGCAUAUACAUAACAGUUAUACAUAAAUAUAGCAUACAGACACACUCACUGAAAGACCACACAGACAUACUCACUGGAUACACUUCCAUCACAUAGUUCCUGCUAAGAUGCCGCGUGCCAAGGGUUACAAGCGGGCACAAGCCGCCAAGCUUCAAAUGGCAGUGAAGCAGGAAUUGACUCCAAAGCCUCCUGUCCCCGAGUUUGUCGCCCGUCGCGGCACUGGCUUCCGCCACCGCGUGCGAAGGUGGCCGACUUCGGUCCUGACUGGCCGUCAGGUGAAGUUUGUCCCUCCAACUUUCCACCCGGAGAAGAAGACUGUCUUCGUCAUCGGCUGCUCCCACCUGAGAGGCCUGGUCGAUAGGGAUGUCGUCUUACCCAAGGUACCUCUCUCUUUUUCUUUUCUGUCUGUUCCAGGUGGAGGUGCAGCUGACCUGAAGACAGAGGUGGGGCACCUGCAGUUCACGUGGACCCCGGAUGUCGUCUGCGUGCUGGCCCCGAGCAACGACCUGGGCCGUGGGCCCCUCUACGCCGGUCGGGAGUUCGACGCGCUCCUGACCAGUGUCCGUAGCCGCUGGCCCAAUGUGUUUGUUUUGGACUUCCCCCCGCGUCUGAACAAGCCUGUGGGCCUGCAGGAUCAGCUGCGUCAGGAGCACCACCGCGUUGCAACACGCAUGGGUCUCCCAUAUGUGGCUGUGGCCAGCAGUUUCCCGCUGGAUCGGUUGGAGCUGUGGUGUUCGGACGGCGUGCACCUCAGCGACACAGGUGGCUCGCCCAUCCUGGUGAAGCUGUUGUGCGACGCUGCGCUCACCCUGUUCGCACCUGACCCCCCUGCGUCUCCUUCCCUGUUCGCACCUGACCCCCCUGCGUCUCCUUCCCUUCGUCGGACGGACAGCCUAGAUCCCCGGAGGUGGCCUGGGGUUGGUGAUGAGGGAAAGAUGGCCUGCGUCACUGCAUCUGCGGUUUUUUGGAGGAAGAUGGCAGAGCGGCAGUCAUGGACCCCAAUGCCCCCUGUCACAGAGGUCCUCGCUCGGCGUGUCACAGGAACGUCGCCACCUGCCCAGGUGGUGGUGCCGGUGAUGGGGCCACACCCCCUGCCCCAACGCAAACGCCGCCGCCACAAUCCCCAGAGUUGGAUCACGGUUGGACAGAAGGGAAAGGCUGGAACACAGCCGGUGCAACAGUCUUUUCCCAUACCGUCCAACCCCGUGUGGUUCAGCAGUCCUAUGUUGGAUGCCAUGGAGGAUUUUGCUCCUUCUUCUGACUCUGACUGCACUGCUGUCCCACCACCUGACCAGGCUUCUCCUGGGAGGUGUCGCCAGAGACGUGUGGCCAUCAGGCGCGCCGGACGGAGGGAGCAGGUUCCAGCGGUCCGUGGGGAGCCAGCAGUCAUCAGGGAGCUUGCUGUCCAAGAGGAAGCCCAGGUGCUGCUGCAGGUCUUCAAAGAGAAGGUUGCUUCUGUUCCUCUCCCUAGUGAUGGUGGUAGUGUUGGUGAACCUCAGUCCGUCCAGGAGGAGCCUGCUGUGGAGCCUUCUGUCCAGGAGGAAACCCAGUUGCCGCUGCAGGUCUUCAAAGAGGAGGUUGCUUCUGUUCCUCUCCGUGGUGAUAGUGUUGGUGAUCCUCAGUCUGUCCGGGAGGAGCCUGCUGUGGAGCCUUCUGUCCAGGAGGAAGCCCAGGUGCCAUUGCAGGUCUUCAAAGAGAAGGUUGCUUCUGUUCCUCUCCCCACUGAUAGUGGUAGUGUUGGUGAAACUCAGUCCGUCCGCAGUCGUGUGGCAAUGGUCGAGAGGGAUCGUCGGGGAAUUAGGUUAGCUAAGGUUGUGCGGGGAUCUUUUCACCAGGGGGAUAGCAGGUUUAAUUACGGAGGGAUGCAAUGCAUGACAAUUGCUUCAAGUAGUAUAGCUAAGCAUGUGGUGAAAAGCGUGUUUUCGUGGGAGACACAGGAUCUCGAUCGUAUCCUGUAUUCCGGAGACAAAUUUUACAGUAGUUUGCGCAACCUGGGUAUAUUUAGCCACCCGUCGAAUUUUUUGUCGGUGCCGGAUCUACCUAGUAAUGUAGUUAUUGACGGGCAGUUGUUUAGUUUCCAUUUUAGUUCACACCCAACAUCAGGUGCUGUGGGUGUUGAGCAGGAAGAUGGUCCCUUUGUGACUUUGCGUAACGGAUUAGAGGGAAUUUUUAGAGAGUACAGCAUGUGUCUGCUGACACUGGUAACAUCUACAUCUGCCAUCAUCUGUGAGGAUGGACAGUUUGCUGUGGUCGACAGUCACUCACGUAGUAGCUGUGGCCUGGUAGAUGGCAAUGGUACCAGUGUAAUACUGCACUUUUCCUGUUUAGAUGACCUGCAUCACUACAUCUGUUGUUUGGCUGAUGCUCUCAGUCCAGGGCUGAAGCCUUUUGAGCUGUGUGGUGUUAGGGUUAGUGUAGGUGCAAGUCCAGCGUUGUCUGGAGCUUCAGUAGAGACUUGCAUCUUUGAGAUGAACACUGCUGCAGCACCUGAGGUUAGUGACAUCAAUGUUUGUGCCACCACCUCCUUGUUUGAGAGUGAUGCAGGUCAAGCUGUGAGCCACGCGCAAUCCAGUGUUUCUGUGGAGAGUGGCUUCAUAGAGAUGAGCACUGCUCCAGCACCAGGAUUUAGUGACCAUGAAAACAUUUUUGCAGCCCCAUCUGUGUGUCAGACUGUGGCUGGUGAUGAAGCGAGCCCAGCACUGUCUGGCGCUUCUGUUAUCACUUUUUUAAGUGAAGUUAGUAGUGGCUCAACAGCAGAAUAUGUUGCCACUGAUGGCAAAAAGCGUAAAAUUUUUUCCCGUGAACGCAUGUCUAAACAAGCCAAGCGUUUUGAUAGCGUUUUAGCCAACUCUGAUGUCGAGUUUAUCACUGCAUCAGAGAGUGGGAAACUGUUUUUCCGUCCCCUUGGUGAUGACGUUUGUAGGGCUUUGUGUUGUCAAUUAAAAGUAGAUUUUAUGAAAGUCGGUGGUCUGGUGCAUAAAGAGGUGGGCUACUUAGGUGUUCCCUGCCUUAACGAGAAAAUAGUUCCGGAUGGGAACUGCUUUUUCCGAGCUGUUUCUCAGGCUGUCAGUGGUUCACAGAAGAACCAUCGUAAGAUUAGGCUGGCAGCCUGUAGAGAGCUAGAAAAAAAUGAGGCUAGGUAUCGGGGUCUUUUGAGGAGCGAUAUGUCUCUUUUAGAGUAUAUCAAGCAGUCCAGGAUGAAGCGUGUCAAGACUUGGGCCACAGAGGUUGAAAUCCAGGCCACUGCAGAUUAUUUAGGCAUUGACAUUUUUACAUUUAAUGAUGGUCGUUGGCUAAAGUAUAGUUGCAACGGUAAUUGUUUGUCAGCAGAUUGCAUUUACUUGCAGAAUGUUGGGGGCCAGCAUUUUGAGUGCGUUGUUUGCGUUUUAAAGCCUGGACUGCAAAGUUGUCAUGGUUAUUGUAAAUUAGGCUGGGAUAUAGGCUGUAGAACUAGGUCUUCUGUGAAAGGAGUGGGGCGGGCAGUAGAUUGUCUAGAUUUAGGUAAAGAUUUAAUAGAGGUUGUAGAGGGCAGUACAAUAAGUAGGGAUCCUAGUGCCCAAAAGUUUUUAAAGUGUGAUAAAAUACUGCAGGAUACAGUUAAUGUUAGACGUCGAGAGAAACGUGCCCGGUUUUAUAGGAAAAUGUAUAGUGAAGACUUAUACUUCAGGGAGAGCUAUACAUUACGAAGUGUAGGAAAAUACAGGGAUAAUAUUGAGCAUAUGGCAGUGGUUAAAUUCAGGAGUAAAGUGGCGAGUAAAAUAAAAUACAGGGAUAAUAUUGAGCACAGGGCAAUAGUUAAAUUCAGGAGUAAAGUGGCAAGUCAAAUAAAAUACGGGGAUAAUAUUGAGCACAGGGCAAUGGUUAAACUCAGGAGUAAAGUGGCAAGUCAAAUAAAAUACAGGGAUGAUUUGAAACACAAACAAAGGGUUAAAUCAAGCAGUGUAAUGAAAUACAGGGAUAAUUUGGAACACAAACAAAGGGCUAAAGCUAGCAGUGUAGGAAAAUACAAGGAUCAUUUGGAACACAAAGAGAGGGUUAAACGAGCCAGCAAAAGGCAGUAUAGUGUUAGUUUAAAACAUAGGCAGCAAGUGAUAGCUAGUGUACAGCUGAGUCGGAAGCAGAGGCUGGAGAGGUCUGUAGAUUUUGGUUUUGUCAUGGAUAGUUUUUUGGAUAAGGUUAGAAAUGGACCGGAUUACGUGUGUAGUGUUUGUCAUAGGCUGCUGUUUAGAAAUCAGGUGCUGCGCUGUGAGAAGGAAGUAUAUGCAGCAAGUUUAGCAACGGCUGGCAUUGCAAAUAAUUGCAUUAGUGAGCAUUAUCUGCAUAGUUGUGAUAAAUGUGUUGAGCCCUGUCUCCUUGUUGAGUCCAGAGGUCAGUUGUGGAUUUGCUUUACUUGUCAUAGUAAGAUCAGUAAAGGUCAAAUCCCAGCUGAAUGUUGGAACAACGACUUAGCUUUAGACCCCAUUCCUCCAGAACUGGGAUGUCUGAAUAGCAUAGAGCAGCACCUGAUAGCUCCACGCAUCCCCUUUAUGAAGGUGUUGGCGUUGCCUAAGGGUGGUCAGAAUGGUGUACAUGGGCCCGUUACUUGUGUUCCGGCCAACAUUGUACAAACCACCAAUGUGUUGCCGCGGUCCAGUGCAGAGGGGUCUCUGCUUCAAGUUAAGUUAAAGCGGAAAUUAACUUACAAAGGACACUACGAGUAUCAAUUUGUUGACUCGUGGCGUGUCAGGCGGGCUAUAGAAUACUUAAAGAGAACCAAUGUCUUGUAUGAAGACAUUGAGUUCAACGAAGAAUGGUUGAAUGAUUUUGGUAGGGAGGAAGAGGUUGGUGUAGAGGAUGGUCAGGAUGACCAGGUUGUUGACAGACAGUCCGGUGAGGAUGAGGCUGUAGAGCAGGAACUUGGGGAAGAAGAGGUAUCAGAAGACAUAGUACAAGAUGAAAUGUUACAUGACAGACAACAGCACUGCAUGUUUCAGGACACUUGUCUUAUGCCUGUUGAUAUCGGUCAGGAAGCAUUAGAUCAGUAUUUUGAGGAUGUUUUAUGUCUGGCCCCCGCGGAAGGUAAUAGUCCGGUUAGAAUGCUUUCUGACAAAUUAAAUGAGGCGAUGUGUUUCCCGGUGCUGUUUCCGACGAGCACAAAUACAUUCCACACCAGCCGCAUGCAUCGCUUAACGUUGUCGCGCUAUUUCAAUAAUCGGAUAAUGCAUGCCGACGGCCGUUUUGCGCGCAAUGUGGAAUACAUAUUCUUUAGCCAGUAUAUGUCGGAAAUGGACCAAGUCAUAAGUAGCAUUUCGGUCGCGAUGCGUAAAGGUAAGGGGGGUCAGCAUUCUCAGCAGAUUAGCCCGGGCAUGCUCAAAGACGACGAGUCUCUGAAGCGCAUGCUGCAGUUCGAUGACGGUUUUCGUUUCCUUCGGCCCAUUCGCGGGACCCCGGCUUUUUGGUCUUCCGUUCAGAAAGACCUUAUGGCUUGUGUCCGCCAAUUGGGGAUACCAACAUGGUUCUGCUCUUUUUCUUCUGCUGAUUUGCGCUGGCAGAAUCUCCUUGCCAGCAUCCUGAGACAGGAAGGCAGACAGCAGACAGUAGAACAGUUGGAGUGGGCCGAUAGGUGCGAGCUGUUGCGUCGCAACCCGGUCACAGCUGCGAGGAUGUUUGACUACAGGUGGCACUGUUUUUUGAAGGAAGUACUCAUGUCCCCGUCUCAACCAGUUGGCAAGAUUGUAGAUUACUUUUAUCGAAUUGAGUUCCAGCAGCGUGGGUCCCCCCAUGUUCAUGCGCUGUUUUGGAUUGAGGGAGCUCCCCAAAUUUAUAAAAACACAGACUUAGAAGUUGAAGAGUUUAUUGACAAAUAUGUGACAUGUGAGCUACCCUCUGCCGAUGACACACUAUCUGAAGUUGUGUCAUCGGUUCAAACGCAUUCGAAACGGCAUUCAAAGUCAUGUCGCAAAAAUCUAACCAAAUGCCGUUUCAAUUUUCCUAAACCGGUCUCUGCACGCACGUUCAUUUGCAAAAUCAAAGAAUGUGUUUGUCCUAAAAAAAGACCGGGGACAGAGGGUGAUGAAAGUUCAGAAAACAGGCCGAAGUGCACCUGUUUUGUCGAUGAGGGACCGAAGAUGCCAAAGGAGGUUGCGCUGAUGUUAUUGGAGAGAGUGAAGAGAGCCAUGGAGAGGGAGGAGCCUUUUGGUAGCGCAGAAGAGUUGUUUGCCAGUGUGGGCAUCAGCCAGGAAGUCUUUGAGGUCGCUUAUAGGCGGCUGGAGACUAAGAAUAAGGUGGUUUAUAGGCGAGGGGUAAACGACACCUGGGUUAACCAGUACAAUAGGAACUUGUUGAAGUGUUGGAACGCGAACUUGGACAUUAGCUUUGUCACUGACGCCUACGCUGUCAUCAUAUACAUAAUCAAGUACAUCACAAAGUCAGAGAGCGAAAUGGGUCUGUUACUGAGCAAUGCCCUUAACGAAGCUAAUAGACUAGGAAAUCUCUCUGCUAAAGACGCUUUAAAGAAACUGGGCAGUGUAUAUUUACACAACAGAGAUGUCGGCGCUCAGGAGGCAGUGUAUAGGCUAAUGAGCAUGCAUUUGAAGGAAUGUUCCAGGAAGGUCGUGUUUAUUCCAACAGGGAAUAACAUUGUGCGGAUGAGUUUACCCCUCAGCGUGUUGGUGCAAAGGGCUUCCUCAGAGGGUCUUAGGACGGAAAACAUGUGGAUGACGAGUGUUGUCGAGAGGUAUAAGAACAGGCCCGAUGAUGACGUGUUUGAGGACAUGUGCAUAGCCACGUUUUGUUCGGAAUAUCGUGUCCUCUACAAGAAUGAAAACUCAGACAAUAAAAUUGAACUUCAAGGGGGUUUAGGGUUCGUCUUGCGCCGAACGCGAAGUCAGUUUGCCGUCGUUCGCUAUAUGCGGUUUAAAGUAAACAAACAGGAGGAAGCCCACUUUCAGAGUUUGCUGCAGUUGUUCCUUCCUUAUAGAACUGAUUUAGAACUCAGGCCGGAAGGCUUUGAGUUCUACAAACAGUUCUAUGAGGAAGGCUAUGUGCUGGCUGGUGGGACCGUGCAGCCGGUGCAAGACGUCGUUGAGGAAAACAGGGCAAAAUUUGAAGUGGACUGUUCCCGAUUAGAGCAUGCGCAGGAAAUCGCGGACAUGUUAGGAGGCAAUGUCGAUGAGGAUGCGUGGGGGGACCUUUGUCCCGAACAGCAAGUCGAACACAUGGAAUGUUUAGAGGAGAGGCGGGAGCAGCAGCAGGGGGAAAUUAGGGAAGAGCAGUUAGCUCAAUCGGAUGAAAAUGUCCCCGAUUUGUUUGUUGGUGGUAAAGAAGUAGCUCGAUUGGAGAGAAACACCAACGUUUUGUCUAGAAGGGAGGGUUUAGCUCUGGUCCAUUCUCUCAAUGCGACGCAGAGGAGCAUUUUCGAUAGGAUUAGGAAAUGGUGCCUAGAAAAGGUGAUGGGAAAAACCCCAGAACCUUUCCAUGUGUUCGUAACUGGUGGGGCAGGUACUGGAAAAAGCCAUUUGAUUAGAGCUAUCCAGUACGAGGCAGGUAGACUAUUGUCGCGUCUGUACCAACCAGAUGAAACCUGCGUACUCUUAACUGCUCCCACAGGCAUAGCUGCAUACAGUUUACAUGCAGCCACAAUCCACCACACCUUCAGUAUUGGCAUGCAGGUUAGUUUACCGUAUAUCCCUCUGGGUGAAGAUAAGAUAAAUUCCUUGAGGGCUCAAUUUGGUCACCUACAAAUUGUAAUCAUUGACGAAAUUAGUAUGGUAGAUCAUAAUCUUUUAGCUUAUGUGCAUGGCCGCUUAAGGCAAAUGAAACAGACGGGGGACUUUUCUCCAUUUGGCAACGUUAGUGUUAUAGCUGUUGGUGACUUUUAUCAGUUGCCCCCCGUUAAAGGGAGGCCUUUGUACACCAUGCAGGUGGGUGUGGACCUCUGGUGUCAUUUUAAAAAGGUAGAACUAAAAACAGUGGUGAGGCAAAAAGAUAGUGUAUUUUCUGAGCUGCUAAAUAGACUUAGAGUUCGGUCAAAGCAAACCCCCCUACUGCAAAGCGACAUCGAUAUCCUCAAGUCCCGGGAGACAGGGGAAGAGAGCGCAGCUUUGCAUAUUUAUCCCACAAAUAGGCAAACCGGCGAGCACAAUCUCAAGCGGUUAUUCGCAAUCUGUCCCGAUUACCUUACAAUCGAGGCACAGGAUUUCAUCAACAGUAGGAAGUCGGGCGAAUUAGAGCGCAUGGACGGGCAUCACGCCAAAACUUCGUACACGUGUUUGGCCACCACUUUGUGUUUGGCUCCGAAAGCACGUGUAAUGCUUUGCAAGAAUGUUGACGUGGCAGACGGUCUGGUCAAUGGCGCAUGUGGAACGGUGACUCAUAUUCAAAUUGAAGGAGAUGAAGACUUCCCCAAAACAGUCUAUGUUAAAUUUGACGACCCCAACAUAGGCUCCCAGAGGAGGAAGCAACGUUCCCAUGCUGCUGUGGAAUGCCCGCAUUCUACUGCCAUUGAUCCCGAGGAGGAUUCGGCAACAAAACGCGGCGGUUUGCGUCGUCAGUUUCCUCUGAAACUCGCGUGGGCCUGCACUAUUCACAAAGUGCAGGGUUUAACUGUAGAGGAGGCUGUCGUGUGUUUACGAAAAGUUUUUGCAGCUGGGCAGGCGUAUGUCGCCCUCAGCCGUGUUAGGGAUAUCUCCGGCCUUGUCAUUACAGAUUUUGACGAAAAGGCCAUUUACUGCAAGGACACCGUCAAGGAGGCAUUGGAUAGCAUGCCCCAAUUUCUCCUUGAACAGCCACAGCCUUCAUUAGACACUCAGACUUUCUCUUUGUAUUUAAUGAACGUUCAAAAUUUAACCUACCACAUAGCUCAUUUGGUGUCUUGCACGCAGCAUUUACAGCCUAACUGUAUUGCUGUCACAGAGACGUGGCUCAGUGCACAAUCGUCAACAGACUGCGUCCAAAUAGAGGGAUACACUUUCCACAGUCGUCCCCGAGCCUUGUGUUACAGCAGCAAUGAUACCAAAUUAGCUGAGAUUAGAGCUCUAGAACAUGGCGGAGUGGGUCUAUAUGUUGUAGAUAAUUCGGACUGUGAGAUUCUGCAGGUGCCUGAUUUAAAUCUGGAGUGUUUAGUGUGCCUGUUUGCCAAAGAGAACAUUUUGAUGGCAGUAAUUUAUCGUCCGCCAUGUUAUCCAAAUUCACUUUUUAAAUCCAAUCUGGUUAAGUUACUUGAUUGGGCAAAUCCUAUCUGUAACACAAUUGUUAUAAUGGGUGAUUUUAAUGAAGACCUUCUUAAACAUUCAUCAAUUUCUAAAUUAAUGGGCCAAAAUGGAUUUAGUCAGCAUGUAACACAAGCGACUACGGAGCAUGGGACAUUAAUUGACCAUGUUUAUGUCAAAACAACACAGUAUGCUGUGGAUUGUGCAGUGGUGUCCACUUAUUUCAGUGACCACGAAGCCAUCCUGUGUGGUUUUCGUGCUCAAGAUGAAGGCGAUAUGUUUGACUUGGAUGUGUUUGCAGAUGAUUUUGCUGAUGGAGGGGGACUUUUGGACGGCGAGUCUAAGAUGGAGUAGGGUCAAACAGUCCCUAAACAUCAUCAAAAUGAUCUAUAAACACAUCGAAAUAUAACACCUUCAUCUCGACCAGGAAAACCACUAGUAAAUAGAUAAUUUAUAUGACGGACUGAAGGGGACAACAUUUAGCUUGUAGAUUGUAAUGCGUUAGAUUUGACCGACGGACUGAAGGGGACAACAUUUAGCUUGUAAAUGGUUUUGCAUUAGAAUAAUUUCCUAGAAAUGUGAUGUGGAAAUGUUUUUUGCUGCCUGCUUUUUUCUGUUAUGUUGGUAAGUAUUGUUAGUUUGGUGUUUGUAUGUCUUGUGAGCAUGUUUUGUUCUGUUUCUUUAAAACGCCACUGGUUCCUGUUUUUUUUCACUCUAGUUUUGUUUCCAUUUGAACUCAUUAGUUUCAUCUGUCUCACGUUUUGGACUCAUGCACCUGUUUCCGCGUCAAUUACGCCUGGUUUUUCUGUUGGUCCUUCUGGUGUCAUCGAUUUUUUUCAUGCUGUUUCAUGCAAUACCUCUGCUCUUCUCAUGCUGCGUGCCUUUUAGUUAGUGACUUUUUUUUCAUGUCUAUAGUUGAGGCUAAUUGUUGUUGUUUUUUGUCUCCGCCUUGUGUGCGCCUUUUCUUUGCACCCUUCACGCCACGUCCCGUCACUUUCCUUUGCAUAACAUACUUCAACCACAGUCCUCCCUAUGUCCCUUGGUUUUAUUGUUGGUCCUUAUGGUGUCGGUGAAUUUUUCCCCUGCUCUGUUCAUGCUGUUUCAUGCACUUUUUGCUUGCAAGUUU